AUGUGCGCGUUCAUCGCGCCGGUAGCCGACGAUGCCGUUACCAAACUGCAGAAUCUAAUCCAAAACACCCUUUACAGCGUUGCGGAUAUAACCCUCACGUUAGCGCCUGAGAAGGCGCGGGAGUUCCAGGAGGAAUGCGCCCGGGUGGGUGUCAAGCUGCCGGCAGAAGGCGCGGCGCCAACCGCCGACUCUGAGGCAGCCCCUGAGGGCGCUCAAGCUGAAGAGACAUGCGACAAUGCAGCACCCGGAUCGAUCAUGGACCGAGUCAACCGCCUAGGGCUGUUGAACGACCACGUGCAGGCCACGAUCGACGAACUUCCCGACCUUCGAACAUCUAGGGUCAGUUCACCUGCCAGUCUGUAA